AUGUCAACCAUUGAUGAGCAAAAAGCACUUGAAGCCUCCAGAAACACAAGAUAUCAAUGGAUAAGUUGUUUAUUCAAUAUCCUACUUUUAUUAGCUCAUGGUAUUAUAUUUUAUUGGAUUCCUAGAGCAAUUAGACUCGAAAGAUAUGUUAAAUCAAAUAGAUUCAAACCUAUUUUUAGGAUAUUUGAUAUUUGGCAAUCACUUAAUUUCAAAUUUUCAAUUAAAAUAAGGCAUAAACAAUAUUUUUUUAAACCUUCCAUGUUAUUAUUAUUUUUAUGCUUUAUAUUAUUAAAUGGUAAAUUUUCAUAUAUUGAAACUUCAGAUUUAGAUUAUCAAUCAAAAAAUUUGAUUAUUGCAAAAAGAUGUGCUAGAGUUGGUCUUGGUAGUUUACCAGCUAUGUUUUUAUUAAUUGCAAAAGGUGAUUUUGUAAAUGGUAUAUUUGGAAUUAGUAAUGAUCGAGGUUAUUUUUUUCAUAAAUGGUUUUCAAAUAUGAUGUUUGUUUUAGUUUCUGCUCAUGUAAUAAUUAUGUGUUAUUAUUGGUCACAAGGUUUGAUAUCACCUACAUAUCCAAAAUCAGCUUAUGGAAUAAUUGGUUACGUAACUUAUGUUAUAUUACAAUUUGGUAAUAAUAGAUAUUUAAGAAAAUGGUUUUAUGAAGGUAUAAUGAUAAAUCAUAGAGUUCAAUCAUUUAUUAUGUUAUUAGUUGUUUUUUUACAUAAUGAUAAAGCGAAAGCUAUGGUUGUUUUAGGUGUUCAUUUAUUAGUUCUUGAUAAAGUUGUCAAUAGAAUAAUUGGUAUUGUACAUUAUAAAAAAUCUCCAACUAAAGGUUAUUCAAGAUUUGAAAUUUUAAAUGAUGAAUACUUGAAAGUUUCAAUUCCGAUUAAAACACAUGCAAAGAAUUUUAAUAAAUGGUUUAAUAUGUUAAAUUAUAAAUAUGGAUCAUGGAAACCUGGUUCUCAUAUAUAUUUAAAUGUUCGAAAGAUUGAUUUUUUUCAGCAUCAUCCAUUUUGUAUUGCUUCAUUACCAGAAGAUAAAGAAAUUGUAUUAAUUAUUAAAACUCAAAAGGGAUUUACAAAGAAAUUACACAACAAAGUUGAAGAAGUUAAAACUAAACAAUUAAAUGGAGAUAUAAAAGAACCAAAGAAGUCAAAAUCUGCUAAAUUUGCAAAAGUUGAAGAUCCAAAUAUUGUUAAAUUUAAAACGAUGUUUAGAGGUCCAUCAGGGGCAAAAUUCCAUCCAUUAACUACAUUUGAUGGUGUUGGUUUUAUAAUUGAAGAUUUAGGUGCUUCAUUUGCAUUACCAAUUUGUUUAGAUUUAUUACAAAAUAUUAGAGUAAAAAACGAAUCAAAAGAAUUAUUAUUUAGACCUACAAAUCCAAUUAUAAAACUUUAUUGGAGUAUAGAAACACAAGAAUUGGUUAAAUUUUAUGAUUAUAUAAUUGAUAAAUUGAAACCAUUUAUAUCAAGUGGUCAUUUAACAAUUGACAUAUUUUUAAAAGAAAUGGAGAUGAAAGAUAUUGAAACUAAUACAGUUAUAAAUAAAGAUAUAAGUGUAAUUGAAACUACAAAGAGUGAAUCAUUAUUAAAGUAUAAUAAUGAAAUGGAAAUAUCUAAUAUAAUUUUUGAAUUAGUUUCAUUAAUGAAACCAGAAGAUCCAAAGAAUUUUAAAUCUUUGGGUAUACUAAGUUGUGGACAUAAUAACUUUGGAGAUAAGAUUGAAUAUGAAAUACAGAAAUAUCGUUGGGUUAAAGAUGCACCUAAUUUAUAUUUUUAUAAUGAAUCUUUCAAUACAUAA